GUGUAACACAUGACGUAAUCCUUUGGCAUCAGGUGACUUACCCGGAAGAGAGAGACGAGACUUCACGGGAACAACAGCGAUCAAAACACGAUCCUGCAGCUGGAUUUUAAUUUGAAAUAUCAGCGCGAAGGAAGUAUGGAGGAUGAUGAACUUCCGUCAGAGGAUGGGAUGGGUGGGUGUGGCUUUCUACUUGCUGCUCAGCGUCAUGGCGGCGUACUACAUCUUUGAGGUCCACAGCUUUAGUUUGGAACGUGUGCAGAGAGCAGGUACCAGCCCAUCGGCUCCACCUCCUGCUAUCACUGUCCAUGGAUCACUACUUCCUGUGUGGAUGUGGGCAUUGAUCUUCCUGCUGCCAUACUUGCAGCUCUUUCUCUUCUUGUUCUCGUGCACAAGGGCGGACCCCCGCGCUGUUGGAUACUGUGUGCUUCCUGUCUGUAUCGCCCUUCUGUACAGCCGCCGCCAUGCCGCCAAAUUGGCCAAUCACAGGGCAGCAGGAUCGCUCAUUGACACGUAGGGGACGACCAAUCAGAGAGCCUCCCACGUGAUGAGGGGUGGGAUGACAGCAGGACUAGUUUGUGAUGUCAUUUCCUGUGUGCCUUUUAAACACUCCUACAAGUUUUGCCCUGAUUGCGGCCUGACAGGAAGUUCUGCCACUCUCAGUACAGACUCACAGCACCCUGUGAAAAAAGCCCCUCCCACCAGUGGCAACCAGUCUUUUUCCCCUCUUUUUUUUUUUUUUUUUUCUGUUGUGACGUCAGUAAUGUGUUGUGAUUUGUUGCUUGGCUGUGAGUCACUUUAUUUGCAUUAGUUAUUUGUUUACUGACAAUGCAGUGAUGUUGCCAUGGUUACCU